GGCGAGGAGGCGAGACGCGCCGCGAGGAGGCCCUGCCCUCGGGGAAGGCGGGCGGAUCCGCGCAGGGGGAUGCCAAGAGGCCGGAAGGGGGUGGCCGCCGGCCGGGCCCCGCCUCGGGGCCGCCUCCCCGCGGGUUCCGUUGGUUGUGGCGGCAGCCUGGGCUGCGGCGGCCGUGGCUGCGGGGCGGGCGUAAGAUGGCGACAUCGGCGGCCGGAGCCCUGGGCUUGCUGUGGGGCUGGCUGUGGAGCGAGCGCUUCUGGCUGCCGCAGAACGUGAGCUGGGCCGACCUGGAGGGGCCGAGCGACGGCUACGGCUACCCGCGCGCCCAGCACAUCCUCUCGGUGUUCCCGCUGGCCGCGGGCAUCUUCUCCGUGAGGCUGCUCUUCGAGCGGUUUAUUGCCAAAACCUGUGCACUCCAUGUUGGCAUCGAGGACAGUGGUCCUUAUCAGGCCCAACCCAAUGCCAUCCUUGAAAAGGUGUUCAUAUCUAUUACCAAGUAUCCUGAUAAGAAAAGGCUGGAAGGCCUGUCCAAGCAACUGGACUGGGAUGUCCGUAAAGUCCAAUGCUGGUUUCGCCAUCGGAGGAAUCAGGACAAGCCCCCAACGCUCACUAAAUUCUGUGAAAGCAUGUGGAGAUUCACUUUUUAUAUAUGUAUAUUCUGCUACGGAAUUAGAUUUCUCUGGUCGUCACCUUGGUUCUGGGACAUCCAACAGUGCUGGCAUAGCUAUCCAUUUCAGCCUCUCUCAAGUGGGCUUUAUUACUAUUAUAUCAUGGAAUUGGCCUUCUAUUGGUCUCUUAUGUUUUCUCAGUUUACAGACAUUAAAAGAAAGGACUUCCUAAUCAUGUUUGUGCAUCACUUGGCUACCAUUGGGCUUAUCACCUUCUCCUACAUCACCAACAUGGUUCGGGUGGGAACUCUGAUCAUGUGUCUACAUGAUGCCUCAGACUUCUUGCUGGAGGCAGCCAAGCUGGCCAAUUACGCCAAGUUUCAGCGGCUCUGUGACACCCUCUUUGUGAUCUUCAGUGCUGUUUUUAUGGUCACUCGUCUCGGACUCUAUCCAUUCUGGAUUUUGAACACGACCCUCUUUGAGAGCUGGGAGAUGAUCGGGCCCUAUUCUUCUUGGUGGUUAUUCAAUGGCCUUCUCCUGAUACUACAGGUUCUGCAUGUCAUCUGGUCCUACCUAAUUGCACGAAUUGCUUUCAAAGCUUUGAUCCGGGGAAAGGUGACCUAUCCAGGAAGGAUUAGACCCAGACUCUGUACUCUCCACUCUUUUCUCACCUCCUUCCUUUUUUCUAUGCCUGGCGGGAGCUGGACAGUUUCAUCUCUUGCAUGUAUCUAAGGAUGAUCGCAGUGAUGUGGAGAGCAGCUCAGAGGAAGAAGAUGUGACUACCUGCACAAAAAGUCCCUGCGACAGUAGCUCCAGCAAUGGUGCCAAUCGGGUGAAUGGCCACAUGGGAGGCAGCUACUGGGCUGAAGAGUAAGGUAGUUGGUUUGGGGACUUAAGCACACAUGAACUUGUAAGCCACUGGCAACACACCCCUCCUGGACCUCCCGACAUCUACUCUUCUGUGGCUAGGGGGACUUCAAGGCAUGGAGGAGAAUCAAAGAAGCAAAUAUUUUUCACUUAAAAAAAAUUCUGCCAUUUUGUAUUUAACAGCCUUCAGGUCCUUUCAAUAAUGUUAUUUGCUCUGUGUGUGAGUGUGUGUGUGUGUGUGUGCAUGCUUGUGCAUGUGCAUUUGUGCAUAUGCAUGAAUUUCAUUGCCUGGGUUGGGGCACGAUUCUGGACUGGGGCCUCUAGGCCUGGCUCCCUUUGAACCCACCUCAAUCCUAGAUUUGGCUGCAUCUUGAAUUAUGCUGGCUCCAGACUAUCCCAUUCCUUUCUGCCCACGGCUCUUGAGGUUCUAAACCCUUGGACCAUCUGAAUGGAGCAGCUGGGAUCAGCUCCAGGUUUCUGCACUGUUCCCCUUUUGGAGUUGGCGUAUAUCGUGUGAUGAAGUUGUAUGGAAACUGAACCGUGGACAGUGGCCAGGACUGCUGUGGCCGCGAGCUAGAUCCCUUCCUACCACCUGACAGUGACAGGGACAGCUGCUGAUACCUUGCUCUUGACUGAAUGGUACGCAGGGAGGGGGGCGUGGAAGAGGGUGAGUGGGGAGCUGGAGGAGGACAGCAGCCACCGGUUCAGCAGUUAAUGGUUUUAUACUGUUGUUUACUCUUCUGUGAUUAAAAGUGCUUCAACCCAC